AUGGAUUGGGAUCGUAGAAGAUUCGAUGACCGGCGAGGGGGGAAAGUUAUCGACCGGCUGACCGACCAGGUCGGUCACCCUCGCGAGGAUACGACCCCCGACACCGACGCUCGCCUCCUCGGAAUCGAUCUCGCCUACGUGGUGAUACUUGGCUGCCAUCUAGUCGAGGCUAUGGACGUCCAAGAAGUCGUUCUCCUCCCGAUUACCGGCGUCGCUCCAGAACCCCUCCCUUCCAAGGCCGAGGUUUUGGGCCUGGUUCGUACGGGAGAAGGCGUUCUCCUCCUCGACGAUUCUCUCCGCGGAGAGAGGAUCGACCCCGAUCCCCUCUUCCAUCAUGGCGCUCCAAGUCUCCUUACAGCGAAGGGCGAUCGCGUGACGUAUCUCGUGGCCGCAGCAGCCCAAGGCGCAAUCGAGAUGCGUCCCUCGGGAGUCAAGAUUUGCGCCCAAUUCGGCGGACUACCCCUCCCAAAGGCCCGACCGGUGACAGAAGCAUCCGAGCCGUCUCUCCGAGAGCGCAAGUCACCUCUACGCUUCGCUCGCAGAGCCCGUCUCAUGCCCUUCCCCGUCGAGACCUGCCUCCGGACUUCAGCCGGGCCCGACCUUUUUCGCAGUCUAGGCCAGUUUCGCCUGUCCAUGUUGCGCGGCCCGAUUCCAGUACUACAUCACGGCGGUCCUCUCCAGUGA